AUGCAAGGCGCUAGAGACAAGCCAUUUAUAGUAUCCUUGGACAAGAAUCUGCCUAUGACUCUGGCUGAGUUUAUCGCUUGGUUGGAUAAAUACGCGAAUGCCGAGGAAACACGGAUCAUGCAUGAAGCCGCCCAGAACACAAAAGCCCCAACCAAAGAGUCAGCCAAAAAAGAAGUUGACUCGGCCGGAGGGAAGAAGCGUAAGGACGAUCGAACGCGUGAUGAAUGCAAGUUGGGCAAGCGACCCGAUCGAAAGUUUUCAACGUAUACCCCUCUCAAUAAGCCUCAAGAGCAGGUUCUGAUGGAGAUCAAGGGAGAAGGAUUCAUCAACUGGCCAGAUAGGCUUCGAAGCAAUCCCAAUCGACGAAGCAAGAACAAGUAUUGUCACUAUCAUCGCGAUCAUGGGCACAACACAAGUGAUUACUAUCAUCUAAAGGAAGAGAUCGAAAGACUCAUCCGAGAAGGCCGUCUCGGAGAACACAUCGAGAGAACCGGGACAACGGAAGAACGUCUGGGAGACAACCAACCCACAAAAGAAAUACGAACCAUCGUCAGUGGUCCCCAAGGCGAGGACGACUCAAACAACGCUCGGAAAAAUUACGUCAGGAGCAUCAGUCAACCCGAGUCCAAGAUCCUGAUCUUAGCUCGACCUUUGAAGGAAAAGAAAAGAGAGAAGUAUUAUAUCUCGUUCGCUGAUGAAGAUGCUCGGGGCAUUCACUACCCCCAUGAUGAUGCAUUGGUCGUCACCCUCACUAUUGCAAACCGUAAGGUGUUUCGCAUCCUCGUCAACACAGGAUCGUUCGCAGACGUGUUGUUUACUCAAGCAUUCGACAAAAUAGGUGUUGAACGGUCGGCAUUACAACCGGUUCGUACCCUAUUGAUUGGAUUUUCAAGAGGACAAACAUUCCCAGAAGGAACCAUUUUGUUACCAUUAACUGCUGGAAACCCUCCACAUCAAGCAACGGUAAUGGUUGACUUUCUGAUAGUCUAA